CUCGCACGCGUCGACCCGCUUCUCAAACGCCAAAACAAACGCCACGUUCCCGUGGCUGCUCGUUUGCUUCCGUUCCGCCCGCCGCCGCCGCUUCGUCGAUGCCCGACUUGGUUGGGCAUCGUGGCUCGUGUUCUCGUGCCUGGAAAGUCGACGUCGAGUUGUUCAUCGCACGCUGCAACUUUGGACCACCGCGUCCACGCAGUCCACGCCGCCACUCGGCGCAAACAGAGCGGCCGCGCCUCGCUGGCUGCGGGAGGGCUGCCCCGGCGGCAGUCACCUUGGGGGAAGCUCCGUCGACGUCCUCGUGACGCGGCCUCUGACGACACCGGGGACUCCCCCUCCACUCGACGAGAGUCUGGGGAGUCCUCGGCGAGCGCCCGUCGACUGCGCCGUGCUUCGCGUCCCCCGUGGCAGCGGUCAGCGUUCAGCGAUCGACGCCUCCACGCGCGUCCCCCCGGGUCCUCGACGUCCGGUGUGUCCCCCGCACCGGCGACCGACCGCCAGCGACGCAUGCUCACGCCCCGAGUCAACGGCCACGAACGGCGCCUACGUUUCGGGCGACGCCGGACCGCGGGAGUGAUCGUGUUCGCGGGUGCGCGCUCGUCGCCGUGGCCACGUGUGUGUCUGUGCCGCACUGGGCUCCGCCCGACAUGCUGACAGCGUGCGUGGCCGACUGCAGACCAAGGUGUUCCGGCGGCUGGGCGGAGGGGCGACCUGGAGCCUAGCGGGGCGCCCGUGACGGCCCUGUGGCGACCCCUGUGGCAGCCCGGCUGGCACCCCCGUGGAGCCCUCGUGGGCAUGACCGCCGCCGCUGGCAACCAAGAUGGCGGCGAACUGGACGAGGCGCGCAUCGAGGCCUGGCUCGACGAGCACCCUGCCUUCGUUGGAGACUACUUCAUGCGCAAGGCUUCCAGAAAGGUGGUGGACUCGUGGUUGCUGGCGCACGCGGUGCCCCAAAGUGUGGUGCAAGACCAGGGCCACAACACGGCGGUGGUGCGCUGCAACUCCGGCGGCUCAGCCUCCCUCAACGGUUCGGGCGUCUCCCCGCCCAUGCGCAAGAUAUCGGCAUGCGAGUUCGACCGGGGCAAUCCCCUGCGCCCCAUCGUGCAGACGAGCUUCGACGGCACGCCCACUUUCCUCGCUUUGCCGGCCGGCGGCGAGGCCCAGAGAAAAAGUGACUGCCGUCGGAUGUUUCUGCAGAACGCCUCCGCGCCGCGGCAGCAGCGACGGAGUCGCCAGGAAUUACGAGCACUCAACGAGAGAGAGCUGAUCUUUGAACUGGUCAAGGACAUCUGCAAUGAACUGGACAUCCGAAUGCUGUGCCACAAGAUUCUUCAGAAUGUCACGGUGAUAACGAAUGCGGACCGGUGCUCGCUCUUCCUGGUGCACGGGGACAGGGACUCGACCGAGCGGUGCCUGGUGAGCCAGCUCUUCGACGUCUCCUGCCAGUCCACGCUGGAGCAGGUGCGCUACGAGGAGGUGCGGGUGCCCUGGGGCUCGGGCAUUGUGGGCUACGUCGCCCAGAGCAAGGAGGCCGUCAACAUCCCGGACUGCUACAACGACUCCCGGUUCAACAAGAGCAUAGAUCUGAGGACGGGCUACAGGACGCGGUGCAUGCUGUGCAUGCCCGUGUUCGACCGCGACGGGGAGGUGAUCGGCGUGGCCCAGGUGAUCAACAAGAAGGACCACAACGGCCACGACGUCUUCAACCGCAACGACGAAAAGGUCUUCUCGGAGUACCUUCAGUUCUGCGGCUUAGUGCUGAGGAAUGCGCAGUUGUACGAGCGUUCAGAACUGGAAAACACAAGAAAUCAGGUACUGCUGGACCUGGCCCGCAUGGUGUUUGAGGAGCAGAGCACCAUAGAGCAGGUGGUGUACCGCAUCAUGGUGCACAUGCAGGCGCUGCUCGAGUGCGAGCGCUGCCAAGUUCUCCUCGUCGACCACAAGACCAAGACAACUUUUCACCGUGUGUUCGAUCUCGAAGCCAAGGAUGUUCUCAAGGACGACAUGUCCUGCUGCACUAGCCCCUAUGAAGGAAGGUUUCCCAUCAACACAGGCAUCACAGGGUGUGUUGUGGCCACGGGUCAGAUUGCAAAUAUUCCCGAUGCAUACAAAGAUGAGCGGUUUGAUUCAAAGGUUGACGAAGGAGGCGUGUUCAAACACAAGUCGAUUCUGUGCAUUCCAAUCUACAACGCCGGUCGCUUGGUCUUGGGAGUCGCCCAGCUCAUCAACAAGCUCAACGGCGAACCUUUCAACAAGAAUGACGAGCAGCUUCUCGAAGCAUUUGCCAUCUUCUGCGGGCUGGGCAUCCAGAACACCCAAAUGUACGAGAAGGUGGUCAAGGCCAUGGCCAAGCAAAGGGUCACCCUGGAGGUGCUCUCCUACCACGCCACGGCACCCCUCGACGAAGCCAGGAAACUCAGCGAGUGCAUGCUUCCAUCGACGCAGUCGCUGAAGCUGCAGGACUUCAAGUUCAACGACUUCAGCCUAGACGAUGACGGAAUGCUGACGGCCUGUCUGCGGAUUUUUCUAGAGCUGGAUUUCCUGAACAGGUUUCACAUCGAGUACACCGUGCUCUGCCGCUGGCUGCUGAGCGUCAAGAAAAACUACCGCGGCGUGUCGUACCACAACUGGCGGCACGCCUUCAACGUGGGACAAAUGAUGUUUGCCAUUCUGACGAACACCAAGCUGCAUGAGGUCCUCGGGGACCUGGAGACCUUUGGCCUGAUCGUGGCCUGCUUCUGCCACGACCUGGACCACCGGGGCACCAACAACUCCUUCCAAAUCAAGUCAUCAUCUCCAUUGGCUCAGCUGUAUUCAACAUCCACUAUGGAACAUCACCACUUUGACCAGUGCAUCAUGAUACUCAACAGUCAGGGCAACCAGAUCCUCAGUCACGUUUCUCCAGCUGAGUACACCACCAUCAUCCGCGUGGUUGAGGAGUCCAUCUUGGCCACAGACCUGGCGGUCUACUUCAGGAAGAGGGGUCUGUUUUUCAAGCUCGUCGAGAACAAGGAGUACCAGUGGAACAACGGUGACCAUCGUGAGUUGCUCAGGAACAUGCUCAUGACGGCAUGCGACAUUGGAGCCAUCACAAAGCCCUGGGAGGUUCAAAGAGUGGUGGCUGAUCUUGUGACAAUGGAGUUCUUCCAGCAAGGGGACAUGGAAAGACAGGAGCUGAAGAUCCAGCCCAUUGACAUGAUGAACCGCGACAAACAAGACCAGCUCCCAGCGAUGCAGCUGGGCUUCAUCGAUUCUAUCUGCCUUCCUCUCUACAGGGCCUUCUCUCGGAUCCACGAGCGUCUCGGUGCCCUGCUGGAGGGGGUGGAGCACAACCGGCACGAGUGGCAGCGCCUGGCGGAGGCACGGCUGGCCGCCGUCAACGGCGACCAGAACGGCCCCGGGGACGGGGAGGCCGACAAGCGCAGGGCAGGCCCCGUUGCCGUGCUGUGACCAUCGAGCCCAGCCCCCGGUCAAUGCAGUCUGACACACUGACCCGCGAGCAGUUCAAGCAGAAAAGUGAAUUUGGAGACCGCCUGUUGCUGCCACAACUAGCAGAAGGAUUUCUGCCAUCCUCCUGGCAGUCUCUCACGGGAUAGUUUCUUGACGCGCCGGUCCCGCACCUCAGCGUGGCAACAGUCUUCCGCAACUCCUUCCUUUACGGAAGCGUCCGGUCGACGGGCAGAGGAGCGUGACGCACUGCAAGAGGGAAAGCAUCCGAGGAGCCUUCCAUCACUUGCAUCCCCCGUCGCGCUCGGCACUCGUUGGAUCGGCCCUCGACGAGAACGACUCGGAUUUACGAAAGCUUUUACGUGCCGCACGACGCGCUAUAAAUUUAUGCGCGAGGUUGUAUAUAGUCGCGCAUGACCUUACAUCUGAGAUUUGUACAUGUCUAUUGUGCACGGUGCAAAUUUUGUUUCGUCUCGCGUAGUUGUCCCGAUGCCGUGGGGCGAGAAAGCGGAGCUCAGUUUGGUUUCCACGCCGGGUGCAAAUUUAGGGCGGUUUGCUUUACGAACUGGCUUCGAAGCGAUCUCGCGCCCUUGACUGAACUCGGCGUGGCCAGCGUGCAUUUUGCCGUUUGUGCACGGACGUGCCGGGAAGCACUGGUCUGGUGCAGUGCACUGUGUGUGGGCUGGGACACUAUGGGUGUCUCUUGUCGAGUGCGUAGUGUUGUCGUGUACAGUUGCAAGGUUGCACUUGAGAUCGGGAGCUCUUCCCUUCCUUUGUGUCGAUCAUUCGCGUGCUGUGAAUUCCACGCCAUGUUGAGCGGUAAUGUCCGACGGGCGUGUUGCAGUACACCGUAAGCAUCUCCUAGGAGAAGUCUAGUGCGGCUGUACAGUUCCUGUUGGCAAACUGCGAGUGUGAAUAGUUUCAAAAACCAAUACCAAAAAAGUUGUCGUUGGACCCGCCGAGAGAAGAGUAUUACGAUUUGAAAGCUGUCCGAGGUGUUGGUUUCGUGUGACUCGGAAUUUUUAUUCUGUCAUGGGAGGAAAGAAGAACCGACGAGAAAAGACACCCCACACUUUACGUGGAAGCCAUUUAGUAAGUUGCAAACGUUGGCGGUCUUGAUCGAUGUCAGGAUUCAGUAAAGCCCAUGCGCAUUGCCCCUGCAUUGUCUGUAGUUCCCCAUAUUCCUAAUUUAUUUUUAUUUUCUGCGGAUUUAGUCGGAGGCCAGAGGAUUUCUUCUGAAAUCCUGGCUCAAUGCCUCGUGUUUGUGCACGUGUGUCCAUACCCAUCUGUACAUAAGGCAUACGUGCCAGUUCACCGGCACGCUACCUCAUUUCACUCCAUUUUGUUCACACCAAUUCGAUUAUGCUCGUAGAUUAGCCGUUGCAUUCAACCCGGAAUGCCAGUGCAAUGUUUUCGACAGUCGACUGUACUUCCACACCAAAAUGAGUUGCGGCUGAAGCCAACUUCAGCUUUCUCCAACACCUUCUGUCAUUUUGUGGCUCUAAGAGAAAAUAUGGGAUUGUGAAUGCGUCGCGCAAUCAUCCUUAGUUGGUACUCAAAUUAUGGUAGACACUUGUACUGUUUGUUUGCACUUGGCGAGCGAGCAAAACUGGUACGACUUAACUAAAGCAUAAUUACCUCCUACAUUUAUUGAGGCUAGUAUAUCUGAAAAAGAGCAUUGUCGUUUAUCAAUUUUCACAUUUUUUUCCUGCUCUGGUAGAACAUGCAGGGAACUAGGUUACCUUUGUACAUCUGAUGAUGCCUAGAUUAAACAACUGAAACGUUUGUUAAUCUGUUGCCACUAUUUAUUUUAACUCAUUAGUUUCACGGAGCAAUUUUGUUUUGUUUUGCAACUGUAUGGAUUAUUUUCACUUUGUUUUUCAAAUGUAAUAAGAAUGCUGAUAGAGUCCAGCUUUAGUGUGGUGCGUGUCAUGUAAUUUUAACGCCGUCAUGCAAUAAUUGAAGUUGAAAAGUUAGGUAGUUGCCCUAAGUUAACAGAUGCACUUUUUGAACAGAUUUUAAAUAUUUAUAUGGAAUCGAGAUGCAAUUGAUGUUGUAAUUUUCUCAAAUUAAUUGAAUUGUAUUUUUGACUUUUAUAAAGAAUGCCAUCUUAAACCUCCUGGUGUGUACACUUCUGCAACUUUUUUGUUGCUACAGUUGGAGUACAUUUUGUAAUGUUGGUUAUAUCCUGAGAGCUAACUCAUCUAAAAUAAAAAAAAGGGCAAGAAAAGCUUGCUUUGAAGAAAGGAAUUAGUGGCCACAUCCUUGGUUCUUUUACAUCACUUUAGAUUUGUGAUCAUUUAAAAGUUGUGGCAAUAGCUUCUGCACGCAUCAUUCAAAUUGUUAAGCUAACGGCCACUGCCACUCUAUGUGGAAAAAAAAAAAUCUUCAAUUUGCAGUUCCUGAGCCCUCCCAAUUGGUAGUUUAUUCUACUGUUUUCCCUAAAGAAGUAAUUGAGCCCAAAAUGGGUUGGGUUGCUUCUCAAAAUAGUGCACUACUAUAUAUUUCUGUGUGCUGUAGAUGUGUAAAUUGUGUGUGUGUCAUCUGCAUUUGCAAGCAUCAAACAUUCUGCACUCUCCUUUGAUCUUUCGACCAAUACUUCAUAUAUAUAGUAUAUAUAGUCUCGUAUGUAUGUACAGCUCUGAAGAUACAUUGAAAACACUGUUGUAUGGAUCUAUUGGGUAUUUAUUAAAAAUCUAUAUUGUCAUUUGC